UCAAAGUUCCCCCCCUCCCCAAAGGCAGGCCGAGGGGACACUGCGCAUGCGGAGCUCCAAAUUCAAACAGCUGUCGCCAGAGGCGGGCCCGGGGUCGCCCCCCGGGCGACUGCCACGUUAGCCCCCCCCCCCCUCCCCCCGGUCGCCAUGGUGGACCGCGGCCCCCUGCUGACCUCGGCCAUCAUCUUCUACCUGUCCAUCGGGGCGGCGAUCUUCGAGGUCCUGGAGGAGCCCUACUGGAAGGAGGCCAAGGACAACUACAUCAGCAAGAAGAAAAUGCUCCUCAAGGAGUUCCCCUGCCUGGGCACCGACGGGCUGGACAAGAUCCUGCAGGUGGUGUCUGAUGCAGAUGGACAAGGCGUUGCCAUCACGGGGAACCAAACUUUCAACAACUGGAACUGGCCCAAUGCCGUCAUCUUUGCCGCCACGGUCAUCACGACCAUCGGCUAUGGGAACGUCUCUCCCAAAACCCCCGCCGGGCGGCUCUUCUGCAUCUUCUACGGACUUUUCGGGGUUCCCCUCUGCCUAACGUGGAUCAGCGCCCUGGGGAAGUUCUUCGGGGGCCGGGCCAAGAGGCUGGGCCAGUUUCUGACCAAGAGAGGCGUGAGCUUGAGAAAGGCCCAGAUCACGUGCACGGCCAUCUUCAUCGUCUGGGGGGUCCUGGUCCACUUGGUCAUCCCGCCCUUCGUGUUCAUGGUGACGGAGGGCUGGGACUACAUCGAGGGCCUCUACUACUCCUUCAUCACCAUCUCCACCAUCGGCUUUGGGGAUUUCGUGGCUGGAGUGAAUCCUGAUGCCAACUAUCACGCCCUGUACCGUUACUUCGUGGAGCUGUGGAUCUACUUGGGGUUGGCCUGGCUGAGCCUGUUCGUGAACUGGAAAGUGAGCAUGUUCGUGGAAGUGCACAAGGCCAUCAAGAAACGGCGGCGGCGGAGGAAAGAGUCCUUCGAGAGCUCGCCCCACUCCAAGAAGGCUCUCCAGAUGGGCAACCCCAAGGACGUCAACAUCUUCAGCUUCCUCUCCAAGAAGGAGGAGACCUACAACGACCUCAUCAAGCAGAUCGGCAAGAAGGCCCUGAAGACCGGAGGGGAGAAGGAGGCCGGGACGGGGCCAGAGGCGGCCGGGUCGGGCCCCCCGGGCCCGGAACGGGCGCCGCUGGUGCACUACACCAAGAGCCGGAUGAGCUGCGAAGAGGUCGCGCAGGCCCUCAGGAGCAAAGGGCACGUGAGCCGACCCCAGUCCCCCGGCCGGACCGGGGAGGAAACCGUGAUCAUCAAUCAGUUGGACCGGAUCAGCGAGGAGGAGGGUGAGGCCUGGGACGCCCGCGACUCGCGCCCCCUGAUCUUCGAGAACGCCAACAUCAACUUCGUCAACGAGGACGGGCUCUCCGACGAGGAGACGUCCAAGUCCUCUCUGGACGACAACCUGGCCGAGGAGCCCGCGACGCCUCAGAACCUGGUCGAGGCCCCUUCGUCCGACGAGUCGACUUUCACCAGCAACGAGUCGGAGGUGUCCGUGCCUUACGAGCAGCUUUUGAACGAUUACAACAAAGCCAACAUCCCCAAGGGCACGUGAGGCUUCCCAGCCCCUCCCUCCCGGCCCCGGCACAUCCCGGGAAAGCCGUCAACUCCAGGAAGGACGGUCUGAGGACUGGGAGAAACCGGGAGAGAGAAGGCCGAAACCCGACCCCCACCCCCCUCCGUUCCGAGCACAUCUCUGCGGCUCCCCGGGAAUGACUGUCGAAUGACCGGAUGGAACUGACGUUUCGAACCUAAGGAUUCGAUUCUUUUCGACCAAUUCUUUUCACUUCUAAUUCAGGAGGGGCGACAGAUGGGGAAGAAGAGGGACAGCUCUAAGGAAUACACUGGACCUGUGGCUUGCUGUCGGAUUCGGGCUAGAAAAUCUUCCCCUCUCUCACCCCCCUCCUGAUUCCGGGGAGGGAGCUUCCCACUUCUGGGGGCGAGGCCACAGGUCAGAACUCCUAUGGAGGGGCAAGUUGGGGGAGGGCCAACCAUUGGCUCCAGGCUCCCUUCUCCCCUUCCCCAUUUUAAGGAAUGGUUCCUCCCCUGAGAAGGUCGCCAAUCUGCCGACCCAGACUGUGGUUGAACAACCACUGGGGCAUUCUGGGAUUCCAGGGGUGUUUCCUGGUUUGGGAGUGGGAGGGGGAAAUGGUAGCCAGCCAAGAGUAGGAUGGCCAUUGCCCUCACAAGAAAUCGCCCCACCCCAACUCCACUAGGGGAGAAUUCUGGCCUGUCACUCUCUAGCCUGGUGACACCCCACGGGCAUUUCCUGGGUGCUGGAUUAGAAUCCCAAACCCCCUCUGUCCAGCCCUUUUCUUCUCGAAAGUGACUGUGGAUGGGUGAGCAGGUGAUAGCAUCCCUUCCCUCAAGAGGGGAUGACCGGGAAGGCGGAAGAGGAGAUGUGUCCCACGGGAUGGGGCAAGGGGUCAGGAGCAACUACCUUCCCAGAGCCCCCUGGACGGCCAAACCUGCUCCUCAUGGUUUCCGUGUCCUGCCUGAUACGACGUGGCCAGCUCUCACUGGUUUGAAAAGCACAGGAAAGCACAGACCCAAAGAUCUCCCCUCUAGCGGCAGCCCACCUGGAAGUCUUUCUGCCUCCGGGCCGGCCCCCAAGACCAGUGUGGUUCUGGAAACUCUUGUUAUAGUGCGUUCUCCCAAGUGCUUAGUACAGUCGAUUGGUCGUAAAAACCCACGGGGGGGGAAGACUGAGGGAACCCAAGACGGGGAGGGAUGCAGCCAGACCCUGAAAGGCCGAGGGAGAUUGCCCCCUGCUCCAGGCCGUUGGGGGCCUCAUUGGCCAGAGCCAGUUGAACCGGCCUCAGGCGGAGCGGGAGCGGACACGUUCACCGUGCCGUUGCUGCUUUUACCUCAUGAUGUAGGCAGAGCACCCCAGUACUUGGGGAGGGGGCCGGGAGAGCCGAGCCGGGCACCCCAGGAGGGAAUCCUGGUUCGGAGAGAGGUAUCUUACUCCCAGUUCGCCGGGGGGGCCGAGCCGGGCACCCCAGGAGGGAAUCCUGGUUCGGAGAUAGGUAUCUUACUCCCAGUUCCGCUUCUCGGGGAAGGCUCUUGUGUUUUUCAGUGUCUCUUGAGUGUCCGCAGUGACCAGGAUCUCACUUCUGGGCAGGAGCUGGAAGAGGACUGCCCAAUCCAACACUUUAAUAAGGAAAACACUCCGGCCUCCAGCUGUGGGCCGCAACCCCAGCCGUGCCCCUAGCGAGCACCUGACCGAAUCCAGACCCCUCGACCGUGGUCAGAGCUGACUGGGGCACUCAUCCGAGCAGUGCCGAGUUGGGGAAUUUGUUCCCUCUCCCCGAGGCCGACCCUCUCCCCGUGGCCGUCUGUUUAUCCCAGUUUGAUUCCCAGACCUUCAAGCGGAGGGGCUGUGGCUUGUAGUGGACAGUAGAGACUGUGGGCCCUCCUGACACAGGUCGGCCUGACCACGGUGACCAAAGCGGCCACCGCCGGGGGCUGGGCCGGAAGCUGAGGUCGGCCUUCGCUCCUGAUUUCUGAGAUCGUGGCCAGAAAUACUUCACGAGUAUUUGUGCCUCGGAGACACGGCCCGCCGAGCGGGAAGGCGGCAGGGUGAACAGGAGGCGGCCGAGAUUGCGGCCCCAGCUGCUGUUUUCGGGGAGAUGACUGGAAUGGGAAACUGUUUGUGUUGGGAGACUGGGGGAGGAGGGAUAAGAUUUCACGGGAGGGAUUCUGCUCCUCUUCGGGCUUUAUUGUUUUUUGAGUUUCUAGUUUGGGAGAGAUUUGCAGGUUUACGAACGGACUGUGGCUGGCUGCUGUUAAGGGGGUUGAAAGGUAAAACAGAUUCUGCUACCUGGGGAAGGAGCUUACUUGCCUGUUGCUGCUGUUCAAGGUUCCUUCCCUGAGGGUUCCCUGGAUCAAGGAAGUCCAGCUCAGGCCUGUGACCCUGUGACCCAAUUGGGACACCUGACUCCAGGUCACAAACCCACAUGCACAUCUAUCUACGCACACGUGUAUGUGUGCACACUUGCAGAAUCUGGGUUCGCUCUAUGUGAAGAGCAAUCGCGAACCUUCAUCGGAAUGGGAAGAAUCAUCCCCGUGCCGCUGUCGUCUGUUCCAACUCUCCUGUUUUUCUCUUUUUGUCUGUAUUUUUUUUAUUAUAUAUAUAUAUUUUUUAACUCCACUCGAUCCUGUCUGGAAUGAAUUGUGGGCAUUGGUACGAAGCUGCUUGACCCGGGGAUGGAAUCCGUGGCGGGGCCACUGGAUGGUAUCUGAGGAGAGGAAGCGAUCACAUCCAAAGUUUAGUUCCAAAACCUGGAGAAACUGGAGAAACUGGAGGGAAGAGGUCGAGCAGAGGGGGCCGUGGGGCCUGCCUCUCUGACGUGGUGGGGCUGAGGGGAUCCUGGAGCCACGGGAAAGGGGUCCACGCUCAGCCCACCUCGUCCUCUUGUUCUGAGCCAAGGAGGGGAAUCCGAGUCCUUACAUUUCCACGAUUUGUACUGGCGAGUUGGCCUUUAUCCUGUGAAUGCAACAUUCCUCUCGUCGCUGAUUGUCACUGGAAUCACUGUAUGUAAAUAUCGGAAAGCUUCCUGUAAAGUGUAAUUUAUUUUGAUGUUUUACAAUAAAAAAGAAAACGCAACAGCU